AUGCCUAUCACGUCAAACUCCCUGCCGUUGGUCUGUGCAUAUUUAGCGGCUACCCUGAUUGGUCGCAUUUUGUGUUUGGAGGGGGCGUGUCUACAGGACGGUAGACAGAAGGCCACGCCCAGCCAGGAACCUCACCUGAAAGAGUGCACAAUCUAUGCUGAGAAUGCAUGUUGUUCAGAGGUUGACAUCCAGGACCUUAAUCCCAUGACCAGUGAGAAGAACAGCCCCUGGGACAAGUGUGGGAAACUGAGCCCGAAGUGUGAGGACUUCCUGAAGCGUGUGACCUGUUUCUACCGUUGUUCCCCUGAUGCAGCACGCUGGCCACACUCUCACCUCCAGUCCUCCAUGCAGGCCGUGCCACUGUGCCACAGCUUCUGCCGUGACUGGUAUGAGGCCUGCAGGAUGGACAUGACAUGUGCUCGUAACUGGGCCAGAGACCCCAGAGGACAGAACUGCACUGGGAACUGUGUGCCGUAUCAGCAGAUGUACCAGCACGGCCGGGACCUGUGUGAAAGCCUGUGGGGGGACGCCUUCAUGACAGUGGAGGAUGAGGAGGAGGAACGGGAGGGGGGUGAGAGUAUUAGCAAUGGUAAUGGUGGACGUCCCUGUGGAUGCCUGACCCUCAGCCCCUCGGACAGGGAGGUGAUCGCUGCCCUCAGGGCCCUGGAGGAAGACCCAGAGGAGCUGGACACCACCAAGAGUGGCUUGCCUCAGUACCGUGCCCCCUGCCACACGCAGCCCCAGACCAAGCCUGCCACACUGCCCCCGCAGGCGCGGAGGAGCAACGGCAACAUUGUGAUGCGGAAACGCUCGGUCGUGGUGGAUGAUGUGGAGGGUAGUGGGAGUGGGCUGUAG